AUGAACAACUUUAAUCAAAAGACAACAAAACCCAUUCGAAAAACUUUAUCACGAAAACAGGAAGAUGCUGAUGACACUGAAGAGAUUCACAUGGAUAAUGAAUCAUUUGAUGAUGAAUAUGUUCCUCGAAGUCCAAUUUAUUUUUCUCAUUUAUCACUAACUCCAACUGUAAAUAAUGCAACAAAAAUAAAAAAUUAUCUCAAGUUAUUUAUGAAAGAUUCUACAAAUUUAUAUAAUGCACCAAAAUAUAAUAACCUGAUUUAUGUACGUAUCCAAGAUACAGUACUGAUUAUAAACAUGGAAACAUCUGAUUCGAUUGAAGAGAUUGAUAGUGAUGAUAUUAUAGUAUUAAACAUUAUUAUUACACUUCAAAAAAGAAUUAUUAUUAGAGAAGGUAAAUCAACUACAUUUGAUGUUGAUAAAUUUUACGGUAAGCCAGGGAAAAAAGUUCAAAAAGAAUAUACAGUUGGAUUAAAAGAUUCAAUUGAUGAUUUUAGUGCACUUGGAAAGACAAGGAGAGUUAAAAAAUCUAAUUCUCAUUAA